AUGGCUCUGGCCCGCAGCACUGACGUGGAUCCACGGUCUGGAGUGCCUGGCUGGUGGAGUACCCCAGAAGAGCCGGCCAGUCCCUGCACAGCCCCAGAAGAGUCGGCCGAUCCCCGCCAGAGUCAUACUGUUCCUCAUACUAUAGAAAAGUAUUGUAAAUGCCUGUGUUUUAAUUCAGUGGAUAGGUUACUGAAUCCUGCCAACAGAGUGCACAUGUCUUUGGAAGAGCAGCUGAAAGAAUUGUUGGAAAAACUUGAUCUCACUUGUGCAAUGAAAUCCAGUGGGUCUCGGAGCAAACGAGCAAAGCUUCUAAAAAAGGAAAUUAACUUGAUUCGCAUCAAGAUAAGUCAGCAACAUCAUCAGCCCCCUCAAAUUGAAUCAGGUAUUGGAAGUUUUGAAGAAGAAAAUGCAGUAGUGGAACACGAAAGUGAAGAAGAAGGAGAUAAAUCUCCCCCUAAACUUGAACCAUCAGAUGCAUUACCUCUUCCUUCAAACUCGGAGACUAAUUCAGAGCCACCAACCCUCAAACCAGUAGAACUCAAUCCCGAGCAGAAUAAAUUUUACAAAAGAGUAAAAUUUGACAAUGAAUUGUGUAGUACUUCCAUUCAGGAAGAAAUAAACGGACACACUCCAGAACAUGUACUUGACAGUAAUCUCAGUGAGUCGACUGUUUCUGCUGUAGCUGAGUCAUCAACUGAUGUAAACAGACGUACAUCAAUUCUCUUCUGCAAAUCGAAAAGUGUAAGCCCCCCAAAGUCUGCAAAGAACACUGAAACCCAGCCAACUUCUCCACAGCUAGGGACCAAAACCUUUUUGUCUGUAGUCCUUCCAAGGUUGGAGACACUACUGCAGCCCAGGAAAAGGUCAAGGAGUGCAUGUGGAGAUUCUGAGGUGGAUGAUGAGUCCCCUGUAAAGCGUCUGGAUACAGGCCUUUCAAACGGUUUUGGAGAUGGCAAUAAAGAGUCAGAAAUAGCUGACACUCCAGGAAGAAAAGUUGAACCUCGUCGCCGUUGUGCAUCAGAGUCUAGCAUAUCUUCAAGCAACAGUCUGUUGUGUAACUCAAGUUUUAGCCUACCAAAAUGUGGAAAAGGUAAACCAGCGCUAAUACGAAGGCACACCUUAGAAGACAGAAGUGAGUUGAUAUCAUGCAUUGAAAAUGGAAACUUCGCAAAAGCAGCAAGAAUUGCAGCUGAAGUUGGACACAAUAACAUGUGGAUUUCAACAGAUGCUUCCAAUUCUGUCCUUGAACCUCUAAAAGUUGUGUGGGCCAAAUGUAGUGGCUAUCCUUCUUAUCCAGCACUGAUAAUUGAUCCUAAAAUGCCUCGUGUUGCUGGUCAUCACAAUGGUGUUACAAUACCAGUGCCACCCCUUGAUGUAUUGAAAAUUGGUGAACAAAUGCAGACCAAAUCAGAUGAAAAACUUUUUUUGGUUUUAUUUUUUGAUAAUAAAAGAAGUUGGCAGUGGCUUCCAAAAUCCAAAAUGAUUCCACUUGGGAUCGACGAAACAAUAGAUAAAUUAAAAAUGAUGGAAGGUCGAAACUCAAGUAUUCGUAAAGCUGUAAGAGUUGCUUUUGAUCGUGCUAUGAACCAUUUAAGUAGAGUUCAUGGAGAGCCAGUCAGUGACUUCAGUGAUAUUGACUGACAUAGGUUGUCACCAAGAUAUAAAACAACCUUAUGUAGGGAACUACAAAUUAACCUCUUUGUCUACAAGAAUGUAUUGAAGAUACAGCUCAGUAAUCAUUGAUCCAGUGGCAGAAUUCUGCAAACUAAACUGGUUGAGCAGCUUCUCUAAAUCACCAUUGCCAUAUUGAUUUAAAGUUUUAUCAUUAUGUUGCUGUUUCAAGCAUUUCCAUUAAAAUAUAUCUUGUUCAUAGUGUUUAUAAAAUGUAUAUAUAUGUAUAGUCAGCUCUUAACUUAUUCUGAUUUUAGAUGUAGCUUUUUAAAAUUUCUUUUCUUUUGUUUGGGAAAAAGAUAGAUUGUCGCUUCCAUUUCUUUUCACAUAAAACAAAAUACAUAGGCACCACUAUCCAGCAAUAGGUGCUAAGGGACUUUCUAAGGAAAUAACAUCAGAUUGGUUUAGUAGAUCAUAUAUUAUGAUGCGGUGCUGCUUAUGUAACUUUUUUGUGAUCCAUAGUUUUUAACAAGGCCUCUGAAUGUUUGACUCUGCAAAAAUCAUUACUCUUUGCACAAAGUACCACAUACCUAAACUGUAAAUUUAUGACAACAAAUAAAUAUUUUAAAUAAGGAAUUACAUUAUUUUGGAGGGUACUUUGUGAGAAAUAUAAUGGGAAUAAAAUUAUGCUAUGUACAUUAGUUGAAAAAUCUCUCUAAAAACACUCCAUUGUUGCCCAAGAUACCAUUUUAGACAUUUGUUGUGAUUACACAACACCGACUUAAAGCUUGUUAAGUGUAUUAUUUUUCACAAAUCCAUAUCUCAUCUAUCUCCCCUGAAUUUUAUGUGCCUCCCUGUGUUAUAUUUAUUGUAGAAAAUGUAUUACUUUGCUUUAUAAAGAGAAAUAAAUAAGAAAAGUAUAUUGAUAUACAUUUUUAUACAGGCACAUAAGACAAUUUGCUUUGAGAGAAAAAGUUGUCUUGAAAAUGGUUGUAUAAAAUAACUUGAUGGGUUGUGUGUAAUUUGACUUUUUUUGUAACUUGUAAUCUGCUUCAGUGAGGGGAUUUAUGUAACUUUUAAUUUUAGAACACUUUGGUAGCAAUAGAAAAUUUGGAUACAUUUUUGUAUGGUACAUGUGAUGUAUAUAGAAUUAGUACUUUAUUUUUAUUUCAAAGAGGUAAAGCAUUACAUUUAGGGAAGGAAGUGAUAGGGUGGGUUUCCAUUAAUAUCUUUUAUAUUAAAAAAUAAAGUCAACUAUUGAUUGUUGUAGCUACUUUCUUUCUAUGUUCACUGGGAUACUGAAUUUGUAACAAUGAAAAUAGCAAGUAUGUUUUCAAUGUGAUUUAUAAUGACUACGUUAUUUAUAAGUGCACUGCGUUUGAACUCUUCGUUGAUAAUUUAAAUACUGUACCAAGGUAUAUAAUAUGCAACACCAAAUAAUGCAUAUGAAUGCACGGAAUAUUUAUGCCCAACUUUUUUUUAAAUAAUGGGUUAGCGAAUAUGGUAAAGCCAAUACUUUUAAAAUCUUUUAAAAUCGUUUCAUUGGGUAUUCUUCAUUGUAAAACCUGCUUGAAUCUUUAUUUUAAAGCUACAGCCAAUUUUGGAAUAGUUUCUAAUGUUUUUAUUCCCUAUGGUUUGUAAUACCCCUCCCCAUAGAGCUUGAAAUAAAAUUCCUUUCUCAAAUGA